CUGCUGUCACAUUCUGUAAAUGUAACGAAAUUAUUAGUUCACCCUGUGAGACAUCACAUUUUUCUAUAAUAUAUUUGUGCCAAUGUUCUCUUUAUGUAGAUUGUCAAGCAGUUUAAAAUUCGUGCGAAGGUCACCCAUACAUACACACACACUCACAGAACCCAAAAAUCAUCAUUCUAUCAGUAAUGUCAGUGCGCAGUCUUGUUGUGGUGAAUCUUGUGGCUAAAUUGUGUCGUCGCGAUGUCUUUUCAGCUGUGAGGUGCUUCUCGCGUAAAAGCGUGCCCUCUGAUGGCACGUACAAACCUGUCAAGCCAAGAAAACCGAAGAAAGAUGACACUGCCUUAGCAUGGAGAGACACAAACUUUGAUAUUUUGGCCUCCAAAUGGUUUCCGUUCUUUCUGCCUGGAAAUAUUGGUCCUGCUUGGGUGGAUACCUACACCACCAUCAAGGAUACAAGUGUUAAUGUCCUAGAAGAUAUAGAGAAGAAUGAAAACAUUAGUUAUAAAAUACAAGCCUGCCCACAAGUGUUAAGACACACAGUCAGUGACUUAUUUCCAUCCAGGAACUUUGAGCAGGCUGUUCUAUCUGUUAUUACACUCACAAUCAAGCCGGAUCUCAAGCUGCUCAGGAAGAAUACAGAGAUUGAAACUGAAAAAUUAGCCCAAUUGUUUGUUUUAAGUGCAAAGCAGGUGUGCCAAAAGUUGCGAAGGAUGGGUUACUGGGCGGAUUUUAUUAAUCCGUUCUCGGGUAAGCCGUACUACACGUUGAUACCCACCGAUGAGUUGUAUCAAACGGACGAAAAGUUUCGAUGCUUGGAUUUUCAAAUCUACGAAAUCUCCGAGUGUUGCAUCGUGUCCAAUGAGGAAGACAAAACAAAACGUACAUUUGCAGGAAGUUUGUUUACGAACGCGCCUUCGGACAAGAACGACCUCAAUACGAUCAUGGCGGCGACGAGCGCCGACUCAACACGAUUCUAGUGCAAAUUGCUAGUGUUAAAACAAUUUAUAUUUAUAGAAAUAUGACAUGUAGGUUCAACGUGAGUCCGUCUGUCUCUAAACCAUUAGAUUAUAGUUAAAUCAAUGAAAA